CCUCCCUCCUCCCCUCCCUUUUUUUUUCAUCAUGGAGUGGCAACCGCAGGAUGAGCCAUUGGGCCAGUUGGCCUGCUGUCUCAGGGAUUCUCUGAACGGUUUCGAUCGCUCGGCUCAAAAACAGGCCGAACAGAUGCUAGUACAAGCAACUUCCUCUCCAGACUAUGUCAACUAUAUUACCUACCUCUUCUGCACUGCACAGCCCCCUUCGCAUCUCGGUAUGAACGAGGAAACCUAUAACCUGGUCCGUUUCGCCGCAGCCGUGAACCUCAAGACCAAGAUCCGCGUCGCCUAUGCCACAAUUCCUCAGACCUCUCUCACCUAUAUUCGAUCAGCGACUCUGACCAGUCUACGCGACAACAAUUCACAAGUCCGGAACUUCGCCGGUACGAUCAUCACAGAGUUGGUUCAACAAGCUGGAUUGUUGGCAUGGCCGGAUGUCCUGAACGAGCUGCUGGCGCUGGUCGAGAAUUCUGGAAACGUAUCGAGCUUCGCUCAGGAGGCAGCCAUGUCCGCUCUCGCCAAGGUCUGCGAAGAUAAUCGCAAGAUCUUGGAUCGCGAUUACCAAGGACAGUGUCCGCUCGACGUAAUCAUCCCGAAGCUGCUCGAGUUCACCUCCAACCAGAGCGCCAAGGUCCGUUCGAUGGCCCUCCGCACAAUCCACGUCUUCCUUCCCCACCGACCCAAGGCGCUUGUCGCCUCCCUGGAUUUGUUCCUGUCGCAGCUGUUCCAAUUGGCCAAUGAUUCUAGCACAGAUGUCCGCCGGACGGUGUGUCAGACCUUCGCCCAACUUGUGGAUUUCGCCCCGGAGAAAUUGGUUCCGCACAUGGAAGGGCUGGUCAACUAUAUCAUCAUGCAACAGAGCAAUCAGGAGGAUCCGGAGCUCGCCCUCGAUGCAGCGGAGUUCUGGCUGGUUGCGGGUGAACAAGUGAAACUGCAGCAACCACUAGCCCCGCAUAUGUCCCAGAUCGUGCCCGUCUUGCUGCGGAGUAUGGUUUAUGAUGAAGACGAGGCCAACCGCUUGGCGGCAGAGGGCGAGGAUGCGGAGGAAGAAGAUCGCGAUCAAGAUCUUAGACCUCAGUUUGCGAAGUCGAAAGGCGCUCGUCUGGAUACUUCUAAGCCGGACCAGACCAAUGGCAAUCCGGCUCCUGAGGACGAUGACGAUGAGCUGAGCGAGGGUGAGAUCGAGGAUUCGGAGUUUGGAGACGAUCCUGAGGAUGAGUGGACUCUUCGCAAGUGCUCAGCGGCGGCUUUGGACGUGUUUUCCAAUGUCUACCAUGACCCAAUCUUCGAAAUCAUCCUGCCCUAUCUGAUGGAAACCCUUCGUCAUGAACAGUGGACACAGCGCGAAGCUGCUGUUCUGACUUUGGGGGCCGUUGCUGAUGGUUGCAUGAAUGCGGUCACGCCCCAUCUCCCGGAGCUCGUUCCUUAUCUGAUCUCGUGCCUCAAUGAUUCUCAGCCUGUCGUUCGCCAGAUCACUUGCUGGUGCUUGGGACGGUAUUCCGAGUGGGCUUCCCACCUGGCCGACCCUGCGGAAAGGGCCCGCUACUUUGAGCCCAUGAUGGACGGUAUCCUGCGUCGCAUGCUGGAUGGGAACAAGAAGGUUCAAGAGGCAGCUGCAUCGGCUUUUGCAAGCCUUGAGGAGAAGUCCGAUGCCAACUUGAUCCCUUACUGCGAGCCCAUCCUUCAGCAGUUCGUUCAGUGUUUCGGAAAAUACAAGGAUCGGAACAUGUACAUCCUGUACGAUUGUGUGCAGACCCUGGCGGAGUGCGUCAUGGGUGAGUUGGCGCAACCUCAGCUGGUGAACAUCUUGAUGCCUGCUCUUAUCGACCGCUAUAACAAGAUCGCCGACCAGUCUCGGGAGCUUUUCCCUCUGCUCGAGUGCCUUGGGUAUAUUGCCGCCGCUUACGGAGAUGCGUUCGCCCCAUUUGCGCAGCCUCUUUUCCAGCGCUGCAUUAAGAUCAUCUAUGAGAACCUGCAGGAGUAUAUGGCCUCCGUCAGCAACCAGGGAGUCGAGGAGCCUGACAAGGAUUUCUUGGUUACUAGCUUGGACCUUCUGAGCGCAAUUAUCCAGGCGAUCGAUCCGCAGAAGAGCGGUGAACUGGUGGCCAACUCCCAGCCCCGCUUCUUCGAUCUCCUUUGCUUCUGUAUGGAGGACCCGAACUAUGAGGUCCGUCAGUCGUCGUACGCUCUGCUGGGUGAUUGUGCCAUCAACAUCUUCCCCCAACUCGAACCCUUCAUUCCUCAGAUCAUGCCAACUCUGAUCCAGCAACUUGAUCUGGAUACGAUCCGAGAUGACGAUCGGCACACGGGAUUCAGUGUGCUUAACAACGCCUGCUGGUCUUGCGGAGAGAUCGCGGUCAACGAGAAGGCGGCGUUGUCGCCGUACGUCGAGAAGCUGUACCAGAGGCUCUACAUCAUCAUCAACAACGAAGAGAUUAUUGAUUCUGUGAACGAGAACGCUGCGAUGGCGCUGGGUCGGCUGGGAAUCUGCUGCUCGGAUCAACUUGCGCCUCGUCUGAACGAGUACGCUGGCGUCUUCUUGAAGUCGAUGAACAAGAUCGAAUUCACCCGCGAGAAGGCGUCAGCGUUCCUGGGCUUCAACCAAGUAGUCAUGAAGAACCCGCAAGCCAUGGAGUCAUUCCUGGGCGAUUUCUUCCAGGCCAUUGCGGCCUUCCCCAGCAAAUCUUUGAACCAGGAUGACUACCGGGACAUUCAAACAUCUUUCCAGCAGGUUCUGCAAGGCUACAAAAAUAUGAUACCCAACUUCGAUACCUUCCUGUCGCAACUUCCGGCCCACGUUGCCCAGAGACUUCGUUCUGUAUAUCAGAUUUAGAUCUAUAAUUUCUCAUGUUAAUGUCCCAUCUGAAAGUUUCA